CAGAGAGUCCCUCUUGAGCCACCGUAGCCGGUCCAUAUCAGGCCUUCACGCGGAAGUCCCGCCCUUUUCCCCCCUCGCUCGCGGGACGUGGUCGAGUCGCACCUCAAACAAAAUGCCACGCAAAAUUGAAGAAAUCAAAGAUUUCCUGCUUACAGCAAGGAGGAAGGAUGCCAAGUCUGUCAAAAUCAAGAAGAACAAGGAUAAUGUGAAGUUCAAGGUCCGCUGCAGCAGAUACCUGUACACAUUAGUCAUCACAGACAAAGAGAAGGCUGAGAAGCUCAAGCAGUCCCUGCCACCAGGUCUGGCUGUGAAGGAGCUCAAGUAGAUGUCUCCAUUGUACAAAAUGUUGUAAUAAAAUUGGGAAAAUUAAGAAUA